AUGCCUCCGGGCCAACCUCAAACAUUCGGCUUUCAAAAGUCAAAUGCUGGGCAAUAUACCUGUGUGGCUGAGAACCAGUAUGGAAAAGCUGAACAAAAUUUACUUGUUGAUGUUGCUACCCGCCCAAAAUUCACUCAACCUUUAUCAAAUCGGGAUUACACUUCUGAUAAGCCAUUAAGGCUAAAUGUUCGUGUAGAAGGCAAUCCUGUGCCAGAGGUUAAAUGGCUUAAGGAUUGGCGGCCAGUUGCCGAAUCUUCACGCGUUCAUCUGAUUCAAGAAGAUUCGAAUUUGCGUACACUGCUUAUUGAUCAACCCAUUUGGAGCGAUUCCGGCAUUUAUACCUGUACUGCCUUCAACGACGCAGGUCAAGCAGUUACUUCUUGUACUAUUACUGUAGAAGGUUAUCCAAAUAUUUUUUAA